ACUAUCUUUUGUCCCACUUGAACAAGUAUGUCAGCUUUUCAUCCACACCCCACUGGACUUUUGCCAUUACGCAAAUAACGUACGUAUGCUUUAACAACGGGCGUGGCUUCCUGAUGCAUUUUUUUGCUGCUUCCGUGCAGCUCAAUGCGGAAGACAAACACUGGGAGCACUAAAUUCCUGAGAAACUCACCCAGAGCGGGGACAAGUUCCAAAGGAUUUUGUGUGACACCUGAAGUCAAGACACAUAACCAUGUGGCCAAAUCAAGGUCCUCCCCCUCCAAUGGGACCACCAAACCCAGCCUACCCUCCUGGAUACAACCCCGCAUGUCCUGCUGUCCCUCCACCAGGAGUCUUCCCCAAUCCUCCACCUCCAGCGUUCCCACCUGGCCAAUUCCCACCUGGCCAAUUCCCACCUGGCCAAUUCCCACCUGCUAUGAAUCCAGCCAUGCCACCACAUGCACCUCCAGGGGCGAUGCCCUAUGGAGCUCCAGGGCUUCAUCCUUAUCCUAUGGCUCCUGGUGGAUAUCCAGUAGUCCCCCCUUCAGGUGUUCACCCAGGUCCAUACCCACACUCCCCAAAAGGGGGUCACCAUAAAGGCCACCACAAAGGUCAUCAUCAUGGAGGGAUGAAUCCCAUGGCUGCAGCGUUAGGCGGGGGAGUAGCAGGAAUGGGAAUGGGGCUGAUCGGACAUAAAGCCCACAAAAAGAUGAAGAAGAAGAUGAAGAAGACACAUAAGCACCACAAACACGGCCACAAGUCUUCCAGCAGCAGCAGCAGCAGCAGCAGCAGUGACAGUGACUGAGGCCACCAGUCCACAACUCAGCUGUUACAGAAAGGCUGCUUUACCAAAGGGCAACCUGACUAUUAACUACAAACAUAUAAAAUGAAUUGCUAACACUUAUAUAGGAUUUCUGUAAUAAUACAGUUCUGUAUUAUAUCCUAAUUGGGCUAUGUAUAAUACCAGAAAUGCACACACAGGCUAUUGCUGUAAACAUAUUCACACACUACUGUUACUAGGCUCUACUGUUAUUCCACCAUGUGGGCGUAGAUUUGGGUAUGGACAGUAGGGACACGUACCUACCAAUAUCAAAGUGUUACUAGAUUGUCCCUACUGAUAUUUUUACAGAUCUCAAACAAUCUAGCUGCUUUAAUCCAUGUAAUGUUUAUGUUAAGAUCUCUGCAGAGUUGCCAGGUUUGUGUGUUUUCUACAAAAAACUGCGCUAUUAUGAUAAAGGGUGAAAGAGCAAGAUAUGGGGGAUACUCGACCUGGUGAUCUGGCAACCCUCUACUUCAAGCUGUACGCAUUGUUGACUAGCAGCAGCCCGGUAACAGUAGCAGUAGUGGAGUCGGUGAGGUGGAUAAUCUGAAGCGGUCAGUAUUUAUAGUUUAAACAUCACAUGGUCACAGACUUGAAAACGACUUCACUGGGCAAAACUAAGAUAAUGUGAAUCCACAAACUGAAAGAGGGACAGAAUCUCAGUUGAGGUUUGAAAACCUUACAGCAGCAAGUUACAGAGCAGCACAUCACCUACACGUUUCUAUACAUUUAUUUUAUGUAAUAUUUCUCAUGACAGUCUAUGAUCUGUUAUUUUUAAAUAUUAAUAUUGGUCUCUGAUUUAUAGUGAAGUAGUCUAUCAAUAAAAUAAAAUGUAAAAAUCAGAGAAAAAAUCAUGAUCACAAGGCAAGUCAGCAAAUGAAUAUUUAGUAAAGUAAACAUUAUGCAGUCAGGCUCUUGUGGUGUGUAUGUGUGUGCGUACAUGUGCCUGUGAAAGAGAAAAGAGUGAUAGAGAGCAAGUGCACAUACACGAUUACUGAAAAAAAUAUCCCUACCAAAAUUAAAACCAAACCUACGCCCUAUUUGGUUUGUAGUGUCUAUGUCAAAUGUGAAAUAUUAGUUCUAGGAGGUACAGUGAAGACUUUUCUUAAUGCUUGACUCUGGAUGUUUGAGAAAAUCUAUAAGAGAAAAUAUGUAAAAAUCUAUAAUUUUUCAUUCUGUCCUGAAAGUUUUUUUAAAUUUUUUUUUUAUUUUCUUGGAAAGAUUAACUAUAGAGAAUAAAACAUAUAUUGUGUGUCUCUAUUUGGGCCUAUUGAUUUUUAUUUAUUCAAAUAUUGUGUUCACUACUGUAUGAGAUGACUGCAGGAAAGCUAUAUC